AUGGAACACGGCGAAACGACGGAGGAGGUGGUUGUCGUUCCGGUAUCGAAAUACGGCGGCGACGGUGACGGCGAUGGAGAGGAGCAAAUGUUUCCGCAUUCCUUGCGGCACUGCGAUUCGGACGAGGAAUCUCCUCACGAAUCGUUGCGUAACACGAAAUUUUCAAUAGAGAACAUCGUCGCCGAGAUUCUGGCUCAGAAGAAUCAGGCCAAACCCAAGCCGCUCCUCACUCUCCGACUCAGAGAGCUCCUCACUCAAACGUUCCUCCACUUCGUCACGCUUCGCCAGGCCAAUCGUUCGAUCCUGCUGGAGGAAGAGCGUGCGAGAAUGGAAACGGAGUGUGCGAAGGCGCCUCUUGAACUCACCGCGCAGCAGCUUCAGAACCUGAUGUACGAGAAGAGUCAUUACGUAAAGGCGAUAAAGGCGUGUAACGAUUUCAAGUCCAAGUAUGCUGAUAUUGACGUAGUGUCGGAGAGCGAGUUUUUUCGUGACGCGCCGCAGGAUAUGAAGGACUCCGUUUUGUGCAAUCAUAGUGAACAUAAUCUCGUGCUUAAGAGACUCAAUUUUGAGUUGUUUCAGCGCAAAGAGCUUUGCAAGCUUCACGACAAAAUGGAACAGAAAAAGAAAACCCUUAUGGAGACAAUUGCAAACCGAAAGAAGUUCUUAUCUAGCCUCCCUUCACAUCUCAAGUCUCUUAAGAAAGCAUCCUUGCCAGUGCAAAAUCAACUAGGAGUUCAGCAUACUAAGAAACUAAAGCGGCAUCAUUCAGCAGAGUUGCUUCCACAACCUCUUUAUGUGAUUUACUCACAGCUGUUGGCUCAAAAGGAGGUGUUUGGAGAAUCUAUUGACGUGGAGAUUGUCGGAAGUGUCAAAGAUGCUCAAUCUUUUGCCCACCAUCAGGUUCACAAGGACACUGGCAUUUCCACCGUUGUAGAGAGUCCCAAAUUGGAAAAUGAUGAACAUGAUGAAGAUGAUCAGAGACCGAGUAAAAGGCCAAAGAGGUUUCAAGGCAAGGAAAGUCUUGAACAGGCAGGAAUAUUUCAAGUUCACCCACUUACGCUCAAUCUCCAUGUGUAUGAUGACGAGAUCUGUGAUCUUGAGUCUGCAAAACUCAUUACUCUAAAUUUUGAGUAUUUGAUGCAGUUGAAUAUUAUAUGUGUCGGGAUCAAAGCAUCUAAUGAUGGUCCUGAGAAUGACAUCUUAAGUAACUUAUUCCCUGAUGACACAGGUCUCGAGCUUCCUCACCAGUCAGCAAAGCUCUAUGUUGGGGAUGCUGUAAUGUUCAAUUGCGAUAGAACUUCACGUCCUUAUAAAUGGGCUCAACACCUGGCAGGUAUUGAUUUCUUGCCUGAGGUGGCUCCUUUGCUGCUUGCUAGACAUGAAAUUUCAGACAGUGGUGAGGGAGCCAAAGGUGAGGAUGUCUUAUCGAGUCUUUCACAAUAUCGCCAGCAUAACCUAUUACAGACAGUUCUUCAAAAAAUUCGCUCAAGGAUAAAAGCACGUUUGGUUCUUCAAUAA